AUGAAGCGCGCAGUCACUGCGAAGCUUAGGACGAUCCACUUGGAAACCCGACUGGAAAGGGCUUUGGCGCCGCUCAUGCUGCCGCAAGCACUCCAUCAGCGCUUGAGCGAAGGUUAUAAAGCCUCGAGGACAGUGACGCGAAGGUAUCCAACUGGUUGCGAAAACGACUUCCUCGGACUGCCGCUCCUUCGGGUUCUCAACAAUAAUGAGCCAGAUAAUUGCGAUUCAUUCGAGCUCCGAGAGAAGCUCAAAAGAAGAAUCGCGCAUAAUUCCAAUUUCGGAACAGUCAUCUUCAACUACCGAACUGUUGUUUGCUUUCACCCCAUCCUCGUCACCUUUUUACGAACUGUACGAUCAUCUCUGAUCCUGUCCGGGUCUUCGCCAUUUCUGGCGAUUGUUCUGGACACGCAAAUCUCGUUGAGUGAGAAUUUACUCAAUGCCCGAACGGUCAUGGAAGCAAAGUUGCCAAAGAAGGUUGACAGAUGGGAUGGUGACGCGACCAAUUACGAAGCCCAAUUCAAUCAUCGCAACACCCUCGGUUUUGGUGACGGUAUCAUCGACCUCACCGGCAUCAACCAACGCACUAUUUCCCGAUUCCAGCUCGAUCCAUGGCAGCAACUGUCGUUACCGAAGAAAACGAGGAGAAUGCCAGUCCAUAGCCAUGGUAGGACCCCCGCAAAUCUCGGUAUUAAUGGCCCCUUCCCUACGACACGCGCAUCAUUCCGAAUUAGUGGAUGUAAAGUAGACGGGUUGGGCAUGCAUGAAGAUCUUGGCGUCUAUUCCCUGUUGCCGGAAGAAUCCCGCUAUUGUGCACCGGAAACAACAGAAUUCUCUUCCGCGGUGAUCUUAGGGAUGUCCGCAGUCGUCGUCACCCUUAGCCAUGGUAUCCUCCCCCCAUUCCUCGUCGUCGCGCGCCUGGGUUUCCUUCCGGAGUAUGGUAUUUCGAUGGAGUCAGCGCUUUCACUUAGUCGACCGAGUCGGGCGAGUUCAUUGCCCCUUACAGCGUUACGAAUGUCCCUACCACUUGCUCAUAUCUCAUCCCUGCUCCUGUAUCCCCUCGACCCAAUCCUCCCUGGUGAUCCCGUAGACAUACACCUCUCCGAACCGGAUAUAUGCGUGACUCAGAUGCGUCCCAAUUUACGGCCUCCCACCAAGCACGCACGAAGACCGCUACACAUCACGAAUCACUAG